GAAUACUUAUUGAUCUCACAUCCCCCUCCUCCCAAAAGUCUUUCUGGAAAUUCCUCUCCACAUCUUGGCAUUGAUUUUCUAUAUUUCAUCAUCCAUCUCUCUGAAAAGUGGUUCUUAUAUCAAACGGUUCAUCUUUCGUUUGGACGUUCUCUUUCAUAUAUCUCAACUCACUCACAUUCGCUUUGCGUUUUUGCAUCGUUUCGUACUUGAAGUCCGGUACUUGUACUCUUGUACUCUAAUCAGCUUAUCUCCUCACAUAUCACACACACGCACACACACAUCACAUAUUUCAAGAUGCGUUCCUCAACAAUAUCAGCAUCUGCUGUUGUUCUCCUUUCAGGACUUGCCAGUGCACAAACAUUCACUGAUUGCAACCCAACAGAAAAGACCUGUCCUUCAGACCCAGCCAUUGGAGGCCUUCAAGUGACCGACUUCACCGCUGGAAAGAGUAGUUAUUGGGAAGUCGAAGAUGGAACCACCAUGUCAUACGAUGGUACCCUCGGUGCCCAAUUCGUCAUUAGCACAGCAACCGAUGCACCCACUAUCAAAAACAUUGGAUACAUCAUGUUUGGUCGCAUCGAGACAUGGGUGAGAGCAUCAGCCGGAACUGGUAUCGUCAGUAGUUUUAUUCUCGAAUCCGACGAUCUCGAUGAGAUUGAUUGGGAAUGGCUCGGUGCCAACAACGCCGAGGCCGAGAACAACUUCUUCGGAAAGGGAAACACGACGACCUAUGACCGUGCUCAAUACCCAGCAGUCGCUACACCUAUUGACACCUUCCAUAACUACACCAUUGACUGGACCGCCAAGUCCACCAUCUGGUACAUCGACGGAGUCGCCGUCCGUACACUCCUUUAUGACGACAAACAAACUGUAGGCGGAAAGAACUAUCCCCAAACCCCCAUGUUGGUCAAGAUGGGAAGCUGGAUCGGAUGUGCCAGCAAAGCAGCCGAGACGGAUUCCGCCACCGCAGGAACCUGCUCCUGGGCUGGCGGAGCCGUCGAUCUCACCCAGGGCCCCUUCACUAUGUACGUCAAGAACGUCACGAUCCAAGACUACGGAUGUGCUACCGAAUACACCUACGGCGAUCUGACCGGUGACUACACAUCCAUCAAAGCAACUGGUGGCUGCAGCGCCGACGGAUCAGCUGCUUCGCCAUCCGCAUCCUCAUCCUCUGCUGCAUCCGGAAGUUCAUCAUCUACCAAAUCCUCAAGCGGCAGCUCCACCCUAAGCACCGUCACCGGGACCACAAGCGCCAUCGCCGUCGGAACCGCAACCGGCACCGCCACUCUUUCCGCCGGCGAAAAAGCCACCGCUGCCGCCAUAUCCGGAAGCACAACCAGCUCCUCCACCAUCGCCAAAGUAACCACCACGUCAGAUGCAAACUCGCUCAAGAAGCCCAAGCACGAAUACGGCAUGAUUGAUCUUGGCGUGAUGGUCUUGGGUCUCGGAUUAGGUUAUCUCGUUAUGUAAACCUGAUAAACGAGAAAUUCCAGGAAAGGGAUUUCCUCCUUCCUAUCGGUUUCCGAGUGCGCGGGAAAUUGUACAGUAGGAAUUACAUGACACAAGUAUGAUUCACCAACUGCCAUAUUCACAGGAGCAUGAAUGGAUUUUUGGGGCGGACGACAUCACUUUGAAGCAUAGGUUAUGAUGGACAGUUAUUUACUGUCGAUGAUGAUAUACCCACACAUGAAGAAUUCGAGAGAAGCGCGAUUUCAGCAUGGCUUAUAGAAGAAAGAUAGAUGAGUAGCUUAGCAUUGCAUAUGGACAUUGCAUCAUGGAGGGAUGAACGGGGAGUUAUUUGUUAAUACUGGGGGUUUAUUUAUACCAUUCGGCAUGUGUUUAUUUAUUCAUUUAUUAUAUCGCAGUUUAAUGAUUGAUAGAGGAGAGAAAUAAAAGGA